AUGGUUCUUUCAUUACAAGAAGUUGCAAAACACAACACCAAAAAAGAUUGCUGGGUUAUUAUCCACGAUAAGGCAUAUGACCUCACGGAUUUCUUAGAUGAGCACCCUGGAGGACCAGGCAUAAUCUUGAAAUAUGCUGGAAAGGAUGCAACAAAGGCAUUUGACCCAAUUCAUCCUUCCGAUACGUUGCAGAAGUAUUUGAAACCACAGUACCACAAGGGUGAAGUGGAAAAGAGAAAACCACUGGAAAUGGGACCAAAAAAGAAACUCGUUCCAAAAAAGAAAGGACAAGCAAAGUCACAACAACCACAACAAGCACAACAACAAGCAAAUACUGUUUCCAAUGGUGGAUCAGGUAAUGUUGUUGAUGAGUACGAUGUCGAAUAUGAUGAGCAAGACGAUAUGGAUCCAAUUCCAGUACCUAAUGAAACAAAAAGCUCUUCUACAGGCGCCUCUGGCAAUGAUGAUGAUGACGACGACGACGACGACGACGAGGCCGAAUAUGAAGAAGUAUUGCUAGAUGAGGAUGGCGAGCCUAUUCCCAAGGAGGAGAUUGCACGCUUGAAACGUGUUGAAAACAAACCUAAUUUUGGCCAGAUGUAUAACCUUAUGGACUUUGAAUUUGUUGCUAGACACACCAUGGAAAAGACCGCAUGGGGCUACUACUCGUCUGGUUGUGAUGACGAGAUCUCAAUGCGUGAAAACCAUUUGGCAUACCAUCGUGUUUGGUUCAAGCCCAGAGUCAUGGUUGAUGUGACCAAUGUCGACUUUUCAACAACAAUGUUGGGUACAAAAACAUCAGCUCCAUUCUAUGUUACUGCCACGGCAUUGGGUAAAUUGGGCCAUCCAGAUGGAGAAAAAGUGCUCACUCGAGCAUGCGACAAGCAGGAUAUUAUACAAAUGAUUCCGACAUUAGCCUCGUGUUCGUUUGAUGAGAUUGUUGACCAAGCUACAAACAAGCAAACACAAUGGUUUCAGUUAUAUGUGAAUGCAGAUAAAGAGGUUUGUAAGAAAUUAGUGCAGCAUGCUGAAAAGAGAGGUUGCAAAGGUUUGUUUAUUACUGUGGAUGCUCCACAAUUGGGUAGAAGAGAGAAAGAUAUGAGAACAAAGGACUUUGAAGAUUUGAGUCAUGUCCAAGGUGGUGGUGAGGAUACUAUACGUGACCAAGGUGCUGCGCGUGCCAUUUCGUCAUUUAUUGAUACUAGUUUGAAAUGGGAUGAUUUGGAAUGGUUCAAGUCCAUCACCAAAAUGCCCAUUAUUCUCAAGGGUGUUCAGUGUGUUGAGGAUGCCGUGAAAGCAGCACAAUUGGGGUGUCAAGGUAUAGUCUUGUCGAACCACGGUGGUCGUCAAUUAGAGUUCUCCCGUCCUCCAAUAGAGAUACUUAUUGAAUUAAUGCCUAUUUUGAAGGAGCAGAACUUGGAUAAGAAUUUUGAAGUAUAUGUUGAUGGAGGUGUGAGAAGAGCCACAGAUAUCUUGAAAGCCAUUGCUUUGGGUGCCAAGGGUGUUGGUAUUGGAAGACCUUUCCUUUAUGCAAUGUCGACAUAUGGAGACGAUGGUGUCAUUAGAGCGAUGCAGAUAUUAAAAGAGGAGUUGGAGAUGAAUAUGAGGUUGUUGGGAGUUACUCUGAUUGACCAGUUGAAUCUGGAUUAUGUUGACGCGAGAGGAUUUACUACGGGUCGAUUUGCACCUGAAGAUAAAUUGUAUUCCAGAGUAUACCAGCCAAUGGUUACUCCUACUUUCAAAGACUCAAAACUUUAA